UGAGACUUCCGAGAAUAAGCAACAUCAGAGAUAGUAUUUAAUCAUAGCUGUGAGGGCCUCUUUCUCUUUUAAGUUUUUUCACCUUUGCUCCCCGAAGUCAUCUAGCGCAAUUAUGUUACAAUUUACAUUGCUAAACUCAUUACCUCCCGAGAUCCUGUCCCUCAUUGCUGCAGCACUGCCAUUGGAGGAUUGCCACGCGGGCAUGCUGAUCUGCAAGGCAUGGUCAACAGAGUUCACUGCUGCAUUUUACCGCUCAGUUACAUUACGAACCAAACGACAGUGCGACUUGUUUUACAAUAACGCAUUACUUUUUAAUGAUGAUACUGGACUUGCUCUUAGCGGGAAUAUUACUCGUACUUAUGGCCACUAUAUUCGCGAAAUACACAUUCUCGCACCCGAUCCACCACCAGCAAUGCUUAAGCAACUUCCUAGGCUUUGUCCGUUGCUUACGCGCUUCGAGCUACCCGACACAAUUCGUGGUGACAUUCACGACCUUGGGUCGGUACCAUUGCACUACACGACGCUUCCCGCACUCACGCAUAUCUCAUUGGUUUCCGGAUUGGCUGAUUUCAGCUGGCUCAAAGCGCUUCCACGGCUAGUAUUUCUCAACAUUAAUUGGGUUGGUGCAGGGUGCUCUAUAAAAUCCAUCUUGGGCACGAUUCAUACUUGGUGUCCUCGACUCGAAACGCUUAAACUGACAAUCAACAGCGCAAGUACGCCAACAUUACAGCGAGAAACCAACGACGUUUCUGUCUACGACAAGCACAAUCAGCAGCUUAACACUAGGUCAGCAGCCCUUUCAGAAGAAGAUAAUCAAUCUGCACCUACAAUGCAAUCAGUUCAACUAUGCUUGUCGAUGGAAUCAGCGAAUACCAUAGUAGCCACCUGGCUCACGUUUUGUGCGCAGAAAUACCCAAACUUACGGCAGUUGGCAUUGAAUAUGGACUCCAGCUACACGGACGACGGUUCCCGUUUGGGCGGUGAGAACGUCUUCUUCAGCAACGGUACCAAUGAAGGCUUACUGCUGUCAUCGAUCGUUCAGGUUACGCACCAUUGUCGGCACCUUCAAUCGGUUGAAUUCCAAAAUUUCGCUUACAGUGAAUUUUUCCUACGAUCGAUCAGUCGUUCGGAACAGUAUCGGCAGCAGCAGCAGCUUACAAGCAUCAAUAUCAAGGAUCAGCAUACCUUAUUUUCUUCGGAUGUCAUGUUAGCUGUAACGAGUUGGUUUCAAAAUUCAUUGACAACCCUCUCCCUUGCGUUUUCGCACUAUCCGUACUCCAACCUUGAUCUGAAUCACAAUGCAAUCCUACAGCAUUUGCACCAGCUUCGACAGCUUUGUAGUCUUACGCUCGAAGGAUUGUCUAGUAUCCCAGUUGACAUGCUAUUAGACGCUAUGCCUCAGCUUAAACAUGUUUGCUUGGUGGUAACGUACCCUGAAAUCGUCCGGAAUGCCACCACCACAGCCAGCCUCACUACUACAGUCAAAAAGCAUGACCUCGAGAUACUGGAAUUUAAAAGAAAUAUUGUGCCGUUACAUAUACUCGAAUUUGUCAAUCAGCGUUGUCUUUCUUUGCGACAGCUCAAUUUUGAACGAGUUUCCAUCAAACCAUCACCCACGCGAACGACAUGCCAUGGUGUCAAUAAUUACGCUUGCUCUAAUAUAUUCCUUCCAAAUCUCGAUCUGAAACAAAUAUCCUUGCGAAACGUUUCGUCCAGACCUUUUAUACUUCAAUCAAGCCUUCGUAUUGGUGUGAUUCAAACAAGUAUAUCUUCGGAUGUCUGUAAGUGGUAUGAAACUGGAAAGCUAAAGAUCCAUCAUGCCGAAAAUACCAAUACAAGGAACAUAUCAUUGGGCUAUACGGCAUCGUUGUCGACAACAUCAAAGCCGGCCCAAGAAGAUCACACGCAAGGAGAGAGUCCUGACAACGUUGUAUUCUCGUUGUUGAUUAAAUGUCGAUCGCUCGAUCAGAUAUACUUUAAUGAUAUGCGACUUAUACUGUAAUUCUGACAAGUGCAACGUGUGCCCAUUUUGAUAGCGAUACCUAAGUAAAUUACAUGAUGCGUAUACUUAAAACUGAGAUUUUCCAUUAGCUAGCUUAACAUCCAUUAAAACGUUUACAGCAUUUUUGAUAUAAAGAUUGGGCUAUAUAACAGGCCGCAAAU